AUCAAGGAAGAGCCAAGUUUUGUAUAAAUGGGUGAGAUAUUCGAGAUGAAUGGAUAGUGUCUUGUUUGGGUUUAAAAUGCAUAUCGCGAGAAUUUUACUGGUCAUCGCUGUUCCUGUUGCGCUCAGCUGUGGCGCGACAAUAGAGCGAAUAGUGGGUGGUAGUGACGCCCCUGCGGGCAAGUACCCUUACCAAGUGUCUCUCCAGAAAAAUAAUCGUCACUUCUGCGGUGGGAGUAUAAUUAACGAGCGAUGGAUUCUCACCGCAGCUCACUGUCUCCAGGGGCAAUCGCCUUCGGCAAUAAAAGUUCUUGUCGGUACCACUUCGCUAUCGAAGGGAACCGAAUACUAUCAAUGUGGAUUUCUGAAAUGGCAUCCAAAAUUCACAAUGAUCCUCAUUCAUAACGACGUAGGCGUUCUUCGUGUCACGAAAGAUAUAGAGUUCAAUGAAAAUGUUCAGGCAAUUAAAUUGCCGACAGAAAACUUCAAUGGAAUUAACACUCGUGCCGUUCUUACUGGCUGGGGAACUACUGUGCUCAAUGGACGUGUGCCCGAUAAACUCCAGCAACUGGAAGUUAAGGUCAUAUCGCAGUUGAAGUGUAAGUUGAGACACUGGCUCCUAACGAAUUCUCAGAUUUGCACGUUGAAUAAACGCGGCGAAGGUGCCUGUCAUGGGGAUUCUGGUGGACCUCUGGUAUCGAAAGGCUACCAAAUUGGCCUUGUAUCUUACGGCCUUCCCUGUGCACGAGGGAGUCCCGACGUAUUUACGAGGGUUUACAGUUUCGUCAAUUGGAUCAACUCAACUAUUCGAGAGAAUACAGUGUAAUCGAGACUCCAGAGUUUAUUCAUCAGUUGCUCAAUAAAUAUUACAUUAUUCUACCUUGAAGAGUGCCGCGAGUGAAAUAAAAAAAAUAAUUUCGAUAA